AUGGAUAGCAAGAAAGGUAGAGUGUGUGUGACUGGUGGAACAGGUUAUCUUGGCUCAUGGAUGGUAAAAAGGCUUCUUGAAGAUGGUUAUUGUGUCAACACAACUUCAAGGCUUGAUCCAGAGCGCAAAAGGGACAUUAGCUUCCUAACGAACCUACCGGGCGCCUCCGAAAGGCUACAAAUUUUCAACGCGGACCUCGACAAGCCCGAAACAUUCAGGCCCGCCAUCGAGGGAUGUGUCGGGAUUUUCCACGUGGCCCACCCGCUGGAUUUCCAAGAAUCCGAGCCCGAAGACGUGAAGAUCAAACGGGUCACAACAGGCCUGCAGGGCAUCCUACAGGCAUGCAGCGACGCCAAGACCGUCAGGCGAGUGGUGUACACCUCCAGCCUGUCGGCCGCACUUCUAGGCUCAUCACCGGGCCCAUCGGGCCUGAUCGACGAGAGUUCUUGGACCAAUGUGGAGCUCGUGAGGAGGGAGGGGAUUUUCGGUGGCCCGUAUUUCGUCACCAAGACACUAGCCGAGAAAACUGCCAUCGAUUGCGCGGAGAAGAUUGGGCUCGACAUUGUUACCGUAUUGCCCACUUGGAUCACGGGCCCUUUUAUAUGCCCCCAUUUGCCCGACUCGGUUUACGUGUCCAUGGCCUUGAUUUUCGACGAUAAGACACAUUACCGGCACGUUAAGGAGACGAGUAUGGUUCAUGUUGACGAUGUUGCAAGAGCUCAUAUACAUUUGUUUGAGUAUCCGAAGGCAAAAGGUCGAUACAUUUGUGCGGCUAUUGAGAUUACUAUAGAACAAUUAUGUGAGUUUAUUUCAGCUAGGUACCCUGAAUAUAAGAUGCCUGAUCCAGAAUCGUGGAAGGAUAUAAUACCACUUAAAACUUCGGGCCUGUUGACAAAGAAACUUGAGGAAACCGGGUUCGAUUACGAAAACGGGCUUGCUGAAAUGUUCGAUGGUGCAAUCAAAAGCUGCAAGGAGAAGGGCUUUCUUUAG